UCACGCUUACCUUGCUCUCUUUCUCGCUUUGUCCCUCUCUCCCCACUACUAUUUCUUUUCGUAACUCCCCAAACCCCACCAACCACAUUCCUAACCGCCAAAAAAAGGGGAAAAAAAAGCCUCUCCUCACUUCAAAUUCUUCUUCCUCUCACACUUUUUACACUACACUACUUUACUAAUAUACUCUCAUAGAUAGAUAGAUAGAUAGAUAGAUAGAUAGAUAGAGAAAGAGAGGAGGAAAAUGAGAUGGGGGAAGAAGCAGCAGAAGCAGCAGCGAGAGAGAGAGAGAGAGGAGAAGAGAACCUCUUUGUUCGCCCAUUUAUUCCCCUUUGGAUGGAUCUCCAAGCUCCGGUCCGGUAACAAGCCCAACCGAACCGGGGUUGAACCCAACCUUGGACCGGUCGCGCGCCCUCCUCCUUCUCCGCCUCCGCCGUCGCCGCCGCCGCCGCAGCGCUGGCGGCGCCACCACGCCUCCGACCACCUCUCCUUCUCCCCCGACGUCCUCGACCGCUUGGUCGCCCCCCGCCGCCGCUCCGUCGGGGACGACGACGGCGACCCGCGCCACAGCCUCCGCGCGGCGCCGAGCAGCCGCCUCCGCGCGGCGCCGGGGCACCGCUCGCUCGGCGGCGAGCUCGAUAUCGACCUCGCCGAGCCGCGGGUGGCGCUCGGCCACCUCAUCCCCUUCUCCACCUCCGCCUCGCGGCGGCGGCGCCGCCCUCCGCCGCAGCAGCCGCAGCCGCAGCCGCAGCCGCCGGAGGCGGCGGCGGAGACCGACCGGUCGGAGAGCGACCCGGCGCUGGUCCGCCUCCGCGAGCGACGGCGGCGGCGACGGCAGCAGCGGACGCGGCGGAGGCCGAUCGACGGCGCCUCCGAGCGCACGUCGGAGGCGCGGAGAUCCUUCAGCGGGAAGAUCCGGACGCGGCCGCGGAUUAGGGUUUGCUCGCCGCGGCCUUCGAGGUCGGAGGUGGGGCGAAUUAGGGCUCCGGAGGAGGAGGAGCGGGAGCGGGAGAAGGGGAGGGGUUUGGAGCGUUUCGCGGUGGUGAAGUGCUCGAGGGAUCCGCAGAGGGACUUCAGGGAAUCGAUGGUGGAGAUGAUCUGGGAGAAGGGGAUCGAACGGCCCGAGGAGCUCGAGCGGUUGCUCGCGUGCUACCUCACGCUGAACGCCGACGAGCACCACGACGUGAUCGUCAAGGUGUUCCGCCAGGUCUGGUUCGAGCUCAACCCGGACCGGUUCCGGUCCGGAAGGAGCGCUCGCGCUCGCGCCCGGCCCAAACCGCUUUGAGGCGACCGAACCCGCUUGUUUUUUUUUUUUUA